AUGCGCCGGAUCUUUCCAGUGAUCGACCCGGCUCUCUUCUCUCAGACCAUCCAAACGGCGUAUUCGGAUCGCAUCUCACCUGCUGAAAAGUAUAGCGCGCAGGCAUGCAUACUAGCUUUUAUGGCUAUGUUUUCCUCUCUCUACCAUUUCGACCCAGGCUACCAUGGCGCUGAACUUCCUCCUAUUCCCCGCGAUACUUAUAUUGCACAUGCGACCGCAUUUCUUCCAGCUAUUGUCCAAGAAUCUCUCAACUUGGAUGCGUUACAGACCGCUAUCUUACUGGCAAUAAUCAGUACCCUCGCCGGUGAGAUACAAACUGCAGUUAAUCAUACUUCCAUUGCUUCCCGCCUUUUAAUGGCGGUCGGAGCGCACACAAUGUCGGAUAAUAUUGAUUGGAACGGUACUUCACAACCAACCGUUAGGCAACAUCUUCGCGCUCUGUUCUGGUUUUGCUAUUCCCUCGACAAAGAUCUGGCUCUCCGAACCGGCCAACCGCAUUGCCUUAGGGACGAGGAUUGCAUCACCAGUAUCCCUUCAUUGUAUGAAGAGAACUUCCACUUGUGUCUAGACUACUCCCCAGCAAGCACUGACACAAAAGCCGGCGGCCCUAUUUUCCCAUGCAACCUGCGUCUCAGCAAAAUCAAGUCACGAACAUACGUAGCCCUCUACUCCCACAAGGCUUUUCAAAAGUCUGAUAUCGACAUUCUCCGCUCAAUCCGCGAACUAGAUGAAGAUCUCGAGUGUUGGAGAAUGUCAUUACCGGAGAGUCACCGACCGCAGCUCUCCUUUGCGCCAAAACAAACGAAGCCCAAAAACACAUACCUGGUCCUAACACAUAUGAACUACUAUUGCUGCGUCAACCUCAUCCACCUUGCCUGUAGCCGAUGUAGUGCUUGGCGCUCAGGCCCCUCGCCGUUGACAGAAAUGUCAAAUGGCCUGCAAUCCAGCCUAUCACUAUCCGUGGAGGCAAGUCGUUCUCUGUUACUUUUUCUUGACGACUCAGAGCCCCGAAUGAGUGCCGCAAGCUUCUGCCUCCCCUUCUACCUGAUGUCUGCUGUGAUAACGGUAUUCUGCAACCUGAAUCUGCCUGAGAAACCCGAUGCUGAGAGUGCGAGACGCGAUCUCUGCCUUUUGGAACUGGCCGAAACGGCCACAGGUCGUCUUUUCCUCCGACGAGACAGUGCUCUUGGGAGAGCGAGUGAUUUAAAACCUGUGACGGGGUCUAUAUCUGCAUUGAGGGAACAUGCCGAGAGGGCCGUUUUGGCACAAUCCCUGGGGUAG